AUGAUGCAACAAACUCUCCUUUUAUCCAUUAUUCUAUGUGUGGUUGGCACAGAGGCCUUCUCGGUCCCGUCAAUGACAAAAACAUCACUGAAACAAUACAAUCCGCAGCACCACCAACAAUCUAGUACUCUUUUCAUGUCAUCCUUUUCUGCCGAUGGUUCCGAGUAUGCUUCGACUGACAAGGAUUAUGUGGACGAUGACAUUGUCGAAAAGGAAAAAUUCGGUCCCAGUUUCGAAGACGAUGUAUCCAGUGAUGUCGUGGAAGAAAAACCUGUCCCCAUGUCCAAGAAUGCCGGAAAUCGAUUCGUCGCUGUCGUAUGGGAUGCCGAGGUGGACUCUGAAGGCAGAGAUUCCAUGGAGCUACACGAAGAUCGGGAUGCCUGUGUGGAAGAUCACGUCUUGUUUUGCCGAAAGCGCAAUUUGUACAAUGAAACCUUCAACACGAACAGCAUGGUGGAUAUUCUCCGUAGUUUACCACUUUUGUCAGCCGACUUGCAACGCAUUGUCGGUCACGCCAUGAUCUUGGAAUCUCCCGACAUUUGUCAUGUCAAAGAAAUGCUCGCAGAAGAACCCUUCUUGAAGGCUCUCAAUGGAGGCGACUGGAGUAAAAUUAAUCUCUUUCGUUGGCGCCACAUUCGUGAUUACACCUUGCGACGAGAUGACGGUCGUUUGGGAUACCCCUGUAUGAUGUUUGGGAUUGACCACGAUCCAGAAACCGACAAUGACUCCAAACAAAUUCGGGAAGAGACCAAGGACGCCUUUAUGGAAUAUCUGAUAAAGAGUGAGCGCAUCAUCAUGGCGGGUCCCUUGCACAUGCCGACCGAAAUCAAGGAUGAUCCAUCCAGUAUCGCAACGGGAGAUUUCAUCUUGUUCAAUGCCAAGAGCCGGGAGGAUGCCAUUCAGUUUGUGGAAGAAAUGCCAACCUCCGCAGAAGGUCUCUACAAAGAUUUGCGGGUUCACUUUUACAACACUCUAGACAUUACUGGAAAAUUCAUCUCGGAGGAUCCCAUGCGAGAUGCUCCCAACUACCAAAUGAAGGAGGCAAUGAAAGAGUGGGGGUAUCCAGUGGAGGACAACGAAACUCGUUGGUUGAAUUGGUAA